UCUCACCCGCAGAGCCACAGCGCAGGAAAAGAAGCAAACAUCUGCCAAAAGAUGAGUUCAUGGCAAAUUGCCAGCCAAAAAGGGGGCGCGAUGCUAUUUCUGGAGAAUAAAACAUCCGUGCUCGCGUCACUUUCGUCAACUUGUCUCUGCCAGGCAAUUCGCGCACCUGCUUGACGAACGACGACAUAUAUCCAUAGCCCUGCCCUUGACUUUUCCUGGUUUGUGUGUGUCCAUAUACCAGGCGAGCAGUCAGUUAGAUUCAUCAUGUAUUCUUCUAUCGUCUUAGCGACGACGCUGCUGGCGUCGCUCAGCGCUGCGUCUAUCUGCGUGGAAAAGACUACAGAUCUUCCUGAGGGCUGGACUCAGCUUCAGGAUACUGUCAACCCGGACUCGACGGUGCAAUUCGCCAUUGCUAUGCGUCAACCCGAAAUCCACAAGCUCCAGUCCACGAUUUUCGAUAUUCUUCCCCUCACAAGCCAUCUAUCACUAUCCGCCACGAAUUUACUCCGUACACCAAAUGACGAUGAGGUUAGCCAAGUCAUGCAGUGGCUUCGUGAUGCUGGAAUCGAGUCUGCACAACAAAAGAACGAUUGGAUCAACGUACAAACUACUGUGCGCCAGGCCGAAGCGCUGCUUCAGACCAAAUUGAGCCACUAUACUUUUGGUGAUAUGGCGCCGGUGCUGCGAACAACGGAGUAUCACGUCCCUGAUGAUCUGGAGAAUGCCAUCGACUUCAUCCACCCACUGACGAACUUUAUGACACCCGAGCAUACAGUGGGAUCCUUUAAGAGAAUGCCUGCUUCUACAAAUGAAAAACGCGAAGACCCCCCUUGCUCGCAGAGUCUCACCCCGAAAUGCAUCCGCCAAAUGUAUAAGGUGAACUACAAGGCGCCGGGAGGCAAGUCCGACGUUCGAUUCGCCAUUGCAGGCUUCCUAGAACAAUACGCCAAUUAUGCAGAUUACGAACAGUUUGCCCAUCAGCUAAUUCCUGAAAUCGCCGCCACGGGCUACAAUUUUAGCGUUGAGCUGGUCCACGGCGGCCAGAACUUGCAAGACUUGAAGAAGUCUGGCAUUGAGGCAUCGCUGGACAUUCAGUACGGUAUGGCUCUGGCAUACCCGGCCAAAGUGACGUUUUUCGCAACUGGUGGACGCGGUGUUCAAUUGGAUGAGAAUGGUAAGGGGCUUCCUGCCGACACUGCCACCAACGAGCCAUUCCUAGAGCUGCUUCAGCACUUUCUCGAUAUGCCAGAUAGCAAGCUGCCCCAUAUCCUUUCCCUCUCCUACGCCGACGAUGAGGUGUCCGUGCCCCGGCCAUACGCGGAGCGUGUCUGCAACAUGAUGGGUAUGCUUACAGGGCGCGGCAUGUCCAUCUUUGGAGGAACCGGCGACGGUGGCGCCAUGGGAGCUCAGAAAUCGACUUGCAAGACCGGCGACGGCACCCACAAGAACAUCACUAUGCCGACGUUCCCUGCAUCGUGCCCUUGGGUCACUUCUGUCGGGGCUACGACAAACGCUGACGGGCCACCUACCGGAGCGAUGCUCAGUGGUGGCGGAUUCUCGCGAUACUUCAAGGUCCCUGAUUGGCAAAAGAAGGAUACAGGUGAUUACAUCAACAAGCUCAACGGACAUCUCAAGGGCUACUACGACCCCAACAUGCGGGGUAUGCCUGAUAUUUCCGCCGUGGGCACCGAGUUUGCCGUCAUCACCGCAAGUGUUGAAGGUUUGAUUGAUGGCACCAGCGCGAGUACACCGGUCAUCGCGUCCCUCAUUGCUCUAGUGAAUGACGCACGCUUUAGAAAGGGCAAGAAGUCCAUUGGUUGGCUAAACCCCAUUCUGUAUUCACCACGAGUGAGAGGCUUGCUGCAGGAUGUGACAACCGGCCAGAGCAAGUCGUGCAACUUUGACGGCUUCAUGCCUGGAGGAUGGCCAGCAAAGGCUGGAUGGGAUGCAAUGACGGGUCUUGGAGUGCCGAAUGAUUUUGGAAAGCUCCUGUCUGCUCUUGUGGACGCUUAAUGUAAUUUUUUAGACAACAAUUGUUUAGAUGUAUAAAUUUUGAAACUAUUCUGAUUCU